CUCUCUGUCAUGUCGUCCGUGUCUGUCAUUCUGUUUUUUCAAUUCGAAUAUUUUAUUUAUUUGUUGUGGAGGAGGGAUGAAUGAGUGAGGAGUAGUCGAUGUAAUUAAUUAUGUAGAUUAUCAAACAUUGCCGUCCAUUGUUCACGCUGAGUUCACAGGGGAAACGUAAAAAGUUCAUCGAGGAUUCUCACGGAAUGCGAAGAAAGUAGAUGUGAAAGGCUUCUGCUGUUUUAUGAAUGGUGGUAUCGCUCUGAGGCUGGUGCCGUCACCAUGCCACUCGUGUCGUGCUAACAUACAAUAAAGUGGUAUUACGUUACGCUAACGUAACUCCGUGCUUACUCCGUGUGUAAUAUAGGUGACAUUAUUUGGAAAGUUUAGGAGAUACUUUCUACCGUCGCGCACUAGCGAUGGCCGGGUUCCAGGCGAGCGACACAAUGCCCAAGUUCGGCCACGUGACGGAUCUCCGCGAGCAGUGGAUCGUGCGCGCUGACGGAGCGCUCGCGCAUCGCCUGCAGGAUCGCGAGAUAUCAUCGCACCUCUGCGAGAACAGAUACCGCAACCAGCAGAUCCGCGAGGACUUCCCCAUCGCGCUGAACGAGCAGCGCGACAUCGAGCACGAGGUGCACCUGCGCGAGCUGAUGCGCCUGCGCCAGGCAGAGAUCGACGCGGAGAUCGCGCGAGAGAUGGCCGAGAUCAACUUGCGCAGGCAGCGACGCCAGCGCAGCACAGAUAUGCUGCAACAGCCCAGCUCCUCCCGGGCCGCACCCCCGGCUCCUCCGCCAGUUGCUACCAUUGCUAAUGAUCUCAAUCCUGAAGAGCUGGGCCUGUCACCCACUGAACUCGAGGAAAUGAGGAGACGAUUGGAACAGGAAGAAAAAGAUGCAAGACUUGCUAGAGAACUCAGUCAUGAGGACAACAACCAAGAUGCUCUGCUGGCUGAUAUGAGGUGUGCUGUGGAGGCUCAAGAUGGUGAACUGGCAAGAUUGUUGCAAGAGAGAGAAUAUAAGAAACUUCAAAGAGCAAAGGAGAAAGCUAGGCAAAAGGCUCUGCUGAAAAAACAGCAAAGAAUGUCUGCUCAACAACAGGCACCACUGGAUAUUGAAGCUACCGCCACUCCACAGGCAACAUUAUGUGAUGCAUACAGCAACCCACGGGACAUGAUCCGUGAGAACCGACUCAGACUGUGCAAAUCUGUUGACUCUGAUUUGCAUUAUGUUGAACCAUUUGAGAAAGAAUCCAUACAAUCCAAAGCCAGUGCCUUGGAGUCUUUGAACAUGUCGAACCAGUAUUAUGCUCAGCAAACUGAAGCUGGGACAUCUGGCAGUAAUGUAUCUCAUGCUCACUCAAGAUCCUUUGAUGAUAAAAGGGUACCAAGCAACAACAGUUCACUGCAACAUCGGCAGCCUCCGCCUCCACCCACAACAAGUAAGAAGCCUCGUUUCCCUGACCCUGUGAGUAUCAGACCAGCCUCGCACUACCCUGCAGAGCCCAUGGUGCCUGACAGCGUCCCCCCGCCCAAAAUGUCCCACAGCUACAGUGAGAACAACAACCUGUACAGCUCCACGUUCCCGCCGGACGUGAGCCCGCCUCACAUGGGGCCCGACCGCCAUGAUGCUAGCAAGAGACUCUCAGUCAUAUCUGAUAUAACUGCUGAAGGUCUAGCUAAGAAGAAAAGCAAACAGGCUGACAAGAAAAGGAGGGGAUGCAAAAUACAGUGAAGUGAUUGUGUGACAAAUGGCCUUUCAAAGAUUAGUGAUUUAAUUUGUCAGUUAAAUGGUAAGGUAGGCUACACGGUGGUGGUAAUGUGGCAAGUGAUCUGACUGGUAGCUCCUCUUCAAGUGUUUCAGUGUGGGAUGAUUAUGAUUAGCAAUUUUCAGAAAUAUGAUUAUUAUAUGUAGAUUAUAAGUGGAAACUUACUUUUAAGGUUUUUGCAAAGAAUUUAAAACUUAUGUUUUAAUGAUAAGGCCAAAAUGUUGGCAUUUUAAAAAGAAUUUUCGAAAUAUUUUUCUUAGAAAUAAUAAUUAUUUAUUCUUAUACUCUUAACUCUGCAAUAUCAUUAAUAUUUAAGUGAAGCUAAGUGCUUAUUGGUACUUAGAAGGUUAAAGAAAUUAUCUAAAUAACUUGAGUCAUUACAGGUAAUCUUAAGUAGUAGUCCUGAAGCUCAAGUGUUUUAUAAUACUACUUGUUGAGAUAGUGUCAUAUGCCAGUAUUCUUACAAGUGCUAGCUAUGGCACUAUCCAUUCCAUUCAUAUUAUCCCUUAAUUAAUUUUGAAAACAAGUCUCAUCCUGUUAAUGAUAAAUAUAGUGUGGCUGUAUGAAUCAUAAACCGUUUCAGAGCACUGAAUCAUGAGAACUUAAAUAGUAAUGAAAUUGCAGGGAACAUGCAGUAGUACCUGCAGAAACCAAUGAGCCAUUUUAAUCUAAGGUCAGUGUGUGCCUUUAUCUAGAUGUAAGUUAUGUAACAAACAUUCCCUUUGUAUUCUCUUUAUGUUUUAACAACAUAUUUUUUACUGCAAAGUGCAACUAUCUCUAACUUGUAAGUCUUAGAUAGAUAUUUUAUAAAAGAAGACACAGUUAUUACUAAAUAACGAAAAUGUGUAGCUAUUUAAAACCUAUUUGUAGGCAAAACAAAAUUGCUCAAAUAUUCAUGACAUGAUUAAAAUUAAAACAUAACAGUUUGAUAAAUGUAUCAUGAUCAUAAAUUCGAUUAUACAUCUUCAGUUAUAUAGUUUAGCGACUGGUUACUCGUCAGUCUUGUGAUGAAUCAGAGCGAACAUUCCGCCGGUCGUGUCCGUUAUUUUGGCGAAAAUGACCGUGAUCUUGUACUUAAUCUCUCUAAAAUGUUAAGACUGAUUUUAAUUAAAAUAACAGACUACCUACCCAUUCUCGUUUCGAUUCUGGUGCUGUUAAGGUUUUUUUUCUCAUAAAUACUUUAGUUAAAUAAUCUGAUAAAUAAUAAGAAAUUAUUCUCGUAUGCAUAGAUGCGUAAAAAAUAUAAUAAUUGCUUUCACAGUAACUUUCUCUAAAGUAAAGAGACGUAUACGCCGCGCGUCGUGAGUGACAUCACAUUAUAAUACAGGUCAUUCACAUACGUAAUAUUAGUGGACAAUGGGUUCAUAUAAUAUUGGUAUUUCACAUCUAUACAUAACUUUUGAUUAAAUGUUAUUGUAUUUACACGUAUAAUGUUCAGAAUUCGUUUCGCAAUGCGUACUCUCAAAUACUUGUGUCGUACGUGACUGUCUCGCAUACCGAUCGUUUUGAAUACCGAUUAUUAUCUAGUUUACAUUCUAUCGGAUUAAUUAAAUAUUUACACCUUAACACAUGCUGAAAGAAAUCCAAGAAUUCUAUUCAAAGAUGAGCAAAUAAUCUCAGUAGAAUUGAUCAAUGCGUACAACGUGUAUUUUCAAAUAUUUUUAUUAUAUCCAUUGUUGUACUACACACUUGAUACGUAAAGUACUUAUAAAAAUAAACAUUUACAUGUAACUCAACAAUAGGUAGCAACACCGGUGCUCUAAAUAUCAAACAAUAGUUUUAUAUCAUUUUAAUUUAACUAGGUGAAGCUGCAAUAUCUUCACUCUACUGAAUCUCAUUCUUCGAUUUAGAAAACUAUUCGUGUUUUAUAAGUCAGUGACGAUGAAGAAAUUGUCACAAAAUAAUCUAUCGUGUUCAUAUUUUAAUGUUUAUUGUAAUAAUUACUUAAUUAUUGUUAGAUAAUUAACACAUAUGUACUUAAGAGUAAGCUUUAAUCGCAAUGUAUGGCCUUGAUCGUGCCUUAGUGGAACUGAACCAAACUCGAAUAUAAUUAUCUAUGUAUAGUUUUAAAACUCUAUACUUACGUUAAUUUUUAAUUACCGUCUAUAUUACAUAUAUACUAUUUUAGUUUUAUUUUCAUAAAUACACUCAUAUCAGAUAUUCAUUUAAAUUCUUGCAAUUAUUUUAAUUUAUGUCGAUCAAAAACCUUGAUAAUUUCAAUGAAACUGCUUAAUGUCAAAAGAAUCUCUGUUUGCAAUUCUACAUUAAUAAUUUUGGGCUCAUAAUUAGCAGCUAUUACCUUACUACAAUAUUGCUGUCUAUCGCCAUUUCAAUGAAUGAUAGAUUCAAACUUUAACAGGUCUGCUAAUUAUGAUCCUUUAAUUAACUCUAAUUAUGAUUGAAACAUUUCAAAUAUAAACAGCAUAAUUUUUACUAUAACUAUCAGUCAAAAUGUAUGUUAAUGGUUAUGUUUAUCUGAAUAAAUCCGCCGUCGGCUUCGUAACAGGA